CAGAGAAAGUCUUUGGCGGGGCAAGGGGAAAUUGAAACUGUCUGAUUGGACGCUGUAAGUCGCACAAAGGAAAAAGUCAUGCAGUCCCUCUCAGGAAAGCAACAGUUGUAUGUGGAGUGCUACUCCUGCAGCUUUGAUUGAUUUAAGAAGAUUUUAAUUUGUCCAGACGCAUGCUAAUGCCACGGGAUUGUAAUACGAACUUUGCAGUGCUUGUCGGUUUUAUUUCUUUUGACUAACAGGCUAGAAGACACGGGAAUAAAAGAUUUGAGGAGAAAUGGAUUUACUUGGGAUGCGUGCCUUUCUGGCGCUAUUGCUGCCGUGCUGCCUGAUGCUGGUGUCGGCGCAGUACCAGGGCGAUAAUGGAAUAGCGAUCCCGGACCAUGGUUUCUGCCAGCCGAUUUCCAUUCCGCUUUGCACAGACAUUGCUUACAAUCAGACUAUCAUGCCAAAUUUGGUAGGGCAUUAUAAUCAAGAGGAUGCCGGUUUGGAGGUGCAUCAGUUUUAUCCAUUGGUGAAGGUACAGUGCUCGCCUGAUCUUAAAUUUUUUUUGUGUUCUAUGUAUGCUCCAGUUUGCACUGUCUUGGAAAAAGCGAUUCCCCCGUGUCGUUCUAUCUGUGAACGGGCGAAGCAAGGCUGUGAGGCCCUCAUGAAUAAAUUUGGUUUCCAGUGGCCAGAAAGGCUAAGGUGCGAGAACUUCCCCGUACUGGGAGAUGGGCAUAUUUGCGUGGGACAGAAUGAUUCAAAGAGCUUGCCCACUGUGACCACCCCGCCCAUGCAUAUACCAGCCCCUGCAGGAACGCCUGGGAUUCACAUAUACUCCACGCCAGACAGACUUUUCCGCUGCCCCUCAGCUCUCAUGGUGCCCCCCUACUUAAACUAUAAGUUUUUGGGAGAGCCGGACUGCGCUGCCCCCUGCGAGCCUACCAGGAGUGGCGGGGGUCACAUGUUUUUCAAUCCGAAGGAAAUAAAGUUUGCACGGAUAUGGAUUCUCAUAUGGUCUUCCCUAUGCUGUGCCUCCACCCUGUUCACCGUAACCACAUACCUGGUGGACAUGGAGCGCUUCAAGUACCCCGAGAGGCCCAUUAUCUUCAUGUCAGGCUGUUACACCAUGGUCUCCAUCGCGUACAUUGCCGGCUUCAUCUUAGGCGACAAGGUUGUCUGCAACGAGAGCUUCACUCCCGACGGAUACAAAACGGUUGUGCAGGGCACUAAGAAAGAGGGCUGCACCAUUCUGUUUAUGAUGCUCUAUUUCUUCAGCAUGGCCAGCUCCAUAUGGUGGGUCAUACUCUCGCUUACUUGGUUCCUGGCUGCGGGCAUGAAGUGGGGUCACGAGGCCAUCGAAUCCAAUUCGCAAUACUUCCACCUGGCGGCGUGGGCUGUGCCCGCGGUCAAAACCAUUAGCAUUCUCGCCAUGGGCCAGAUAGACGGAGACAUGCUGAGCGGCGUCUGCUUCGUGGGACUCAACAGCCUGGACCCCUUGCGGGGCUUCGUUCUGGCGCCCCUCUUCGUCUACUUGUUCAUCGGCACGUCGUUUCUCCUGGCCGGCUUCGUGUCGCUCUUCCGCAUCCGGACCAUCAUGAAGCACGACGGGACCAAGACGGAGAAGCUGGAGAGGCUGAUGGUCCGGAUCGGCGUGUUCAGCGUCCUGUACACGGUGCCCGCCACCAUCGUCAUCGCCUGCUUCUUCUACGAGCAGGCCUUCCGCGAGCACUGGGAGCGGAGCUGGAUUAGCCAGAACUGCAAAGGGCUGGCCUUCCCCUGCCCGACGCAGUACACCCCGCGCAUGACCCCCGAUUUCACCGUUUACAUGAUCAAAUACCUCAACACUCUGAUUGUUGGCAUCACUUCCGGGUUUUGGAUCUGGUCCGGCAAGACCUUGCAGUCGUGGCGCAAGUUCUACACCAGACUCACGAACAGUAAACACGGUGAGACGACGGUGUAGUUUGGCAGAACAAUCGGCAGCAUCCAUCUGUGAUAGUCUGCUCAACUUUUAAAGAAAAUUUAGGGGGGUAGGCACGGACCGCUGGUGGGACUUGCCCGAAGUGUGUGUUUUAAACAAAUGCACAGCUCGUGCACGGAAGCCCUCUGCUCUCCCCACAUUAUUGCCCCUCUGUUUUUAAUUAACCAACAGUAAAAGCUCUCAGAGCGAGAGACCAGCAGGAGACUCUGUUAAAAGAAGCCUGGGGGAGACCAAAAGACUUUGUUGUAGUUCUGUUAAACUUGCUUUGGGGUGUAAUUAAAUGUACUGUAAAUAGCAUUUGUACAAAAUAUACAUGAAUAUAAUUAUAUAUUUGUAUUUAAAGAAAGGAGAUAUACAUUUCCUCCAAUAGCCGUCUAGCCUGACAAAAGUGUGUCCUUUUAUCGGAAACCAUUAGACUUUUAUCAAUGCUCAUUUUGUUAAGUCAAUUAUGCAGCACAGUUGAACUCCAUCUUCUGGACAAGAUCAUUUUUCCCUGAUGUACAAGAUUAAAGAGAUGGUUGCAUAUCGAAGGACGUUUUUAGGUGUACAUUGUUUCGAUUUGGCCCUUUCCACAGAAAAAUCAGAAGAAUUCAAAUCAAAGCAGAAAGCAAAAACUCAUAAGGAUGACUGCUGCUUCUGAGGCUGUACCAAGGAAUGUGAAUCCACUUUUUUUUCCAUGACAAUUUAUUUGGUGUUUCCAGAGAUGAAAAUGUUUUCUCUCAUACUUUGGUACUAGAACACUAGAGAAGGUUACAGUAAUGAAUGAACAUUUCGUUAUUUUGGCCUCACCAAAAACCGAGACAAUUUCAUGUUGGAAACUGCUUUUUUAUGAAAAU